CUCACAGGUGUUGGAAUCUCUUCCACCUCUCCUCCGCAGCGCUAUCUGUUGAGCAACCGUCCAGAUGCCAGUUAAGAGAAAAGCUUCAUCAAGCGUCCGAGGGGCUCCCAAAGCCGCCAGAGACUCUGCUGCUUCGACCCCAGGUCCCUCAACCCCUCGAAGUAUUGGCAGCAGCGAUGAGUUCUCUGAGGAGGAAGCAAGUGAGACAGAAGCAGAGAAUAUAGAUAAUGCAAUAAAUAAGUUCACGGUUACGAAGUAUAAAUCGAAGAGGGACAGUGGCGUCAAAGGACGAGAUUCUGCGAGCCACCAUUUCAAGGAGAAUGACUUCUCGUAUCUGUCGCUAAAGCCCGAUCAUGACAAUCGACCGCUAUGGAUCGAUCCGCACAAGGGAAGGAUUAUCCUGGAGAGUUUCUCGCCGUUGGCUGCGCAUGCCCAAGAUUUCCUGACUACGAUUGCUGAGCCACUGUCACGCCCGACGUUCCUUCAUGAGUAUGCCUUGACACCUCAUAGUCUAUAUGCCGCAGUAUCUGUAGGGCUGGAUCCAAAGGACAUCAUAAAUGUGCUCGACCGAUUGUCAAAAAUGCCUAUUCCAGACAACAUCCGCGAUUACAUCACAAACUGCACUCAAAGUUACGGGAAGGUCAAGCUGGUGCUCAAGAACACCAAACACUAUGUCGAAAGCUCGGAUCCAGAAAUGUUACAAAGGCUGCUGAAAGAUGAGGUUAUUGGGCCGCUGCGCGUGGAGGGGACAGAAGCUAUCACGACCACUCUAGCUCCCAAUAUGGGAGGUUUGGUCAUCCCCGGGACAAAGAAUGCAGAAGGUGUCAAACAAGCCACAGAUCAACGGGGAGGCGACAGGCCACAAGAGGGCGAGAAUGCAACCCAAGAAGAUAUCUUUGCCACCCUUAACGAAGAAGAUGAUGAUGACGACGAUUCUGAUGCUGUCCAUGCCUUCGAGAUUGCCGAUACUGGUGUCGAGGCGGUACAGAAACGAUGUUUAGAACUGGGCCUUCCCGUCUUGGAAGAGUAUGACUUCAGAAAUGACGACGCGAAUGCCAAUCUCGAGAUCGAUUUGAAGCCCAGUGCUCAGAUUCGAAGUUAUCAGGAGAAGAGCUUGAGUAAGAUGUUUGGUAAUGGACGAGCAAAGAGUGGUAUCAUCGUUCUUCCUUGUGGUGCCGGUAAGACCCUGGUCGGCAUCACAGCCGCAUGCACGAUCAAGAAGGGCGUUAUCAUUCUUUGCACGAGUUCGAUGUCAGUUGUCCAAUGGCGGCAAGAAUUCCUCAAAUGGUCGAACAUCAAUCCAAAUGAUAUUGCUGUGUUCACAUCCGAUCACAAGGAGAAGUUCACAAGAAAUACGGGUAUCAUCGUUUCCACAUAUUCUAUGGUUACGCAAACUCGAACUCGAUCUUAUGAUGCGGGAAAGAUGAUGGAAUUCCUGCAGAAUAGAGAAUGGGGUCUUAUGAUUCUUGAUGAGGUCCAUGUCGUGCCAGCAAAUAUCUUCAGAAAGGUCACAUCAUCCAUCAAAACUCACUCAAAGCUUGGGUUGACUGCCACGCUGCUGCGUGAGGAUGACAAGAUCAGUGACUUGAAUUUCCUGAUCGGUCCUAAGCUGUACGAAGCGAAUUGGAUGGAACUUGCGGAUCAGGGACAUAUUGCUAAGGUCCAAUGUGCCGAAGUUUGGUGUCCUAUGACCACAGAAUUCUACUCUGAAUACCUUCGAGAAAGCAGUCGCAAACGGGCCUUGCUAUAUAUUAUGAACCCCCGAAAAUUCCAAGCGUGCCAAUUCCUCAUCGACUACCAUGAAAAGCGAGGCGACAAGAUCAUCGUAUUUUCGGACAAUGUCUAUGCUUUGCACGCUUACGCCCAGAAAUUGAACAAAGCAUUCAUUUUCGGUGGCACAGCGCAGCAAGAACGUCUCCGAAUUCUUGAGAAUUUCCAACAUAAUGAAAACAUCAACACCCUAUUUCUCUCCAAAAUUGGUGACACCUCUCUCGACCUGCCCGAAGCAACUUGUCUUAUCCAAAUAUCCUCGCAUUAUGGAUCCCGGCGUCAAGAAGCGCAACGUCUUGGCCGCAUCCUCCGAGCCAAACGCCGAAACGAUGAAGGUUUUAAUGCGUUCUUUUACUCGCUCGUCUCUAAGGAUACCCAAGAGAUGUACUAUUCCUCCAAACGCCAAGCCUUCCUCGUUGACCAGGGCUAUGCCUUCAAAGUCAUCACUCAUCUCCAGGGAAUCGAGAACUUGCCCGGCCUAGCCUUCUCCACCGCUGCUGAACGCAGAGAAUUGUUACAGAAUGUGAUGAUUCAGAAUGAAGACUGGGACGAGAAGAUUUCAGAUGAUUUAUUCCAUCGAAAUGAUGGCAAGGUCGGAGCUGGAGCUAGGAAGAAGGUAGGCGCAAGGAGGACCGCUGGGACUCUGUCUGAGUUGGCGGGUGGCCAGGAUAUGGCAUAUGUGGAGCAGAACAGGAGUAAGAACAAGGAGCUGAAAAAGAAGAAAGGAGAAAGCAAUCCGUUCUUCAGGAAGUUGCAGAGAGACCAAGCAAAAAGGAGGGCGGCACUUGCUGAGCCUUAGACGGUGGUUUUGCGAUUAUAGAACGGGAUGAGAUGGUUUAGAGGAGUUUGGGUGCAUAUGUAAUGGUAGAUGGGAUGUUGGACAUAAAAGGGAAUGAAACCGUGCCAUUGCGAGUGCAUUUGGUUCUUUAUCUACUGUGAGUCAGAACAUAGUCUCAAUUGUUCGCUAUUGUCAUGCAUGUUACUUCCCAGGCAGAAGAAAGUUCAGUCUGUAAUAAGCUGGUGAGCAAGGGGGCUUUCCUCAGUGAAGUUCAUAAUGUUGCCACUAAAUGUAUGACUAUUAUGGAAUGCUUAAGAAAAGACUGUCGUUAUUGAAUGUCAAGUGUUGAUAGAUGUCUCGUCACAUCUGAGU